AUGGUUACAGCAGCAGAUGAUUACCGUGGUCAAGAUAAUCCUGACUGUUACCUGCCUGAGGUACCUGAUUACGGUACUAAAUAUCAUGUUACCACCUACCAACCAACAAAAUCAAAGCACGCCAAAGUAAUUAGACCCUGUCCAUUGUAUAAAUAUGGAUUUUAUGAAGAUCCAAACGACUGUGGUGCCUUCUUUCAAUGUUCACCAGCAGGGUUGGUUCGUACCAGAUGUGCGAAAGGAACACUUUACGACAGAAAUAUCCAGAGAUGUAACCACAAGGGAUUUGUCACUUGUUACAGCGGUGUCAGUUGUCCUCACCCGUUUGGUCUUUUCCGUGAUCCCAGAUUCUGUAACAAGUUCCUGAAUUGUUUCAAGAAUAUCCCCUACGUUCAAGCUUGUCCAGCUGGUCUGGUGUUUAAUGCUAUUGCUCCUGGAAAAGGUUUCUGUGAUUACCCUAAAAAUGUCAAUUGUGAAGAUAACAAGAUCGCUGUAAUCGAAAUCCACAAACCAGUCAUCGUUAAACACCCAGUCUACACCCCAGUUGUUAAACAGAAAAUCGAUAACCGGCCAGUUUUGGAACACCAAGUCGUUGUUAAACAGCAAGUCGAUAACCGACCAGUUGUCGAACACCCAGGCUACAUCCCAGUUGUUAAACAGCAAGUCGAUAACCGACCAGUUGUCGAAGACUCAGUCGUUGAGAACCCAGUCGUCACAACAGGCAACACCCCAGUUGCUACACACCCAGUCUACACCCCAGUUGUUACACACCCAGUCUACAUCCCAGUAGUUAAACAGGAAGUCGACAGCCGGCCAGUCGUUGCGCACCCAGUCGCCACAACAGGCUACAUCCCGGUUGUUAAACAGCCAGUCAACACUCUAGUUGUUAAACAGCCAGUCAACACCCUAGUUGUUAAACAGCCAGUCGUUGAGCAUCCAGUCGUCACAACAGUCAACACCCCAGUGGUUAAACAGCCAGUCAAUACUCUAGUUGUUAAACAGCCAGUCGUUGAGCAAACAGUCGUCACAACAGUCAACACCCCAGUAGUAAAACAGCCAGUCAACACUCUAGUUGUUAAACAGCCAGUCGUUGAGCAACCAGUCGUCACAACAGUCAACACCCCAGUAGUAAAACAGCCAGUCAACACUCUAGUUGUUAAACAGCCAGUCGUUGAGCACCCAGUCGUCACAACAGUCAACACCCCAGUAGUUAAACAGCCAGUCAACACUCUAGUUGUUAAACAGCCAGUCGUUGAGCAACCAGUCGUCACAACAGUCAACACCCCAGUAGUUAAACAGCCAGUCAACACUCUAGUUGUUAAACAGCCAGUCGUUGAGCAACCAGUCGUCACAACAGUCAACACCCCAGUUGUUAAACAGCCAGUCAACACCCCAGUCCCAGGGGACAUCGAUAAUGACGAUGUUGAUGAUGAUGAUGAUGAUGAUGAUAAAAUGCUAAUCUAAAAUAUAUAUAUUUAUUAAAUAUUUCUUUUCAAAA